GGCGCGGGAGGAGACCUGCUGCGGAGUGGGUGCGAAGGAGUGGGUGCGGCCAGCGUGGCGCAGCAGGCGAGGGUUGGGGGUCACCGUCUUGCACCCCGUGGGCCCACUGCGCAGACCCGAGGUCCCGCUUGCGGCUGGCUUUGCUGUGGCUUGUGCUCGGCGCCGCGCCCCCUUUUCUCCCCAGACGCGCAGGGUCUUCUGUGGUCCGGGACCCCGCGGGUGGCGACGCGGGGCGCGCUUUCACUGAGCCCGGGGCGAGCGAUGCGGCUUGGCCUGGCCAACCCCGUCGAGCGCCGCGCCGGGGACCCAGCCCGCGUCUGAGCAGCGCCGGCUGCGCGCCGGCUGCGGGGAACCCCACAGCAGGACCCUGAGUCAGCUUCUCUUCCAACAGCCAACUUCUGCUGCUGCAGUGUCCCCUGACUGGACCUGCCCCUGUACCACCUCUCAGCAGGGAGCUCGGGAAUGAAGGAAGCCAUGUCUAAUAACAGCACCACCAGCAUCUCCCAGGCCAGGAAAGCCGUGGAGCAGCUGAAGAUGGAAGCCUGCAUGGACAGGGUGAAGGUCUCCCAGGCUGCCUCAGACCUCCUGGCCUACUGUGAAGCCCACGUGCGGGAGGAUCCCCUCAUCAUCCCAGUGCCCGCCUCAGAAAACCCCUUCCGGGAGAAGAAGUUCUUCUGCACCAUUCUCUAACCCCCGUGGCGAUGAAGCGGGCCCUUUCCUGCUGUAACAGUUCCGAGUAGAGACCAUGCAUGCUCCCAUGUAGAGGCACACCUCCCACAACACCCCAUCUCUGUCCAACCAAUCAUGAUCUGGGCUCAUCUUGUUUUAUCAUAUUUCCUUCAUAGCACUCUUUCCUCUUCCUUUUUUUUUCUUUUUUCUUAUUUCCAUCCACAGAGAAAACAGACAUUUUUAUAGCCAAAUAACAAAUGUGCCAUAUAAAAGUGUAGACUUAAAGGUCUACAAAUUUUAAACAUUCCCAACCAUAAAUAUAUCCAGUUAAUAAAUGUCAGUGGGUAAUUCAUUGAAAUCAAAACCAUGCACAAGUGUCUCCCAUGCACAGUAAUUCAAUCUCGGAUGAGAGCUUGUCAGCCAGACACAGGUUAGGGUGGGGUCUCUUUCGCCUCUGGCAUCUCUAUCAUAGGAGCCUUCAGGGGCCAUAUGGCUAGGUCCUGUAAAUGACUAAUAUCUCUAUCUGUUUAUCACUGAGCAUUCCAAAGCAGAUGCUUCUGAGAAUACAUUUGUGGUGUAGACACUGGAGCAGCCUUGACUGUAGAUACUCACCAGACAGCUCCCCUGGGCCAUCUUCUCAAUCCAAAUGCCCCGCUCUCCCUGCUUGCUCCUCCUUGGUGUUUCUAGUAAGGCAAGAAGUCUGACAACACUGGGUCCUCUGGAGUCUAGGCACAGUUAUCCCUGAAAGUGAUGCCACCGUGCAGGUCGCUGACCUAAGGAUUUAUGGGCGUCAACAUAUUUAACCUAACAAUAAAUACUCCAAGUAUAGGUCUAGUUUUAGAGAGGGAAUAUCCCAGGCAUAGAGAAAUGACAUUUGCUGAAAACUGCAGAUAGAAAGUAAACACCAAGACGUCCAUAUGUGGGUAGUCUAUCCCUAAAGCCCUCCCUGAAUCCCUGACACCUGUUGCAAGCGUGCAGCUUCAUAAACAGUCCUAACUGCACGCUUGGAAUGAAGCAAACACAUUUUCACACUAACUGGAUGUACACCCCUCUCCCACCUUGGCCAAGAGAAGUGUCACAAGCCUAGGCUGUGGCAGUUUGUAUUAGAUGAUAUGUAGGUGCCCCAAGAUCAGAUAGCAGUAAGCCUUGAGAUUUUCCAAGACAAGGCUGUUGGCCCCAUCUAAGGCACCCCCAUACCCUCCAGAUAGAGGCAGUAACCACAGUUGCUGAGGGCUCUGUGAGAACAUUUGUUGUGUAGAUAUUUGGAAAUUGCCUCUCCUCUGGAUCUCAAAGAGGCUUGCUGUGUGCUGCUGGGCAAGCCAUUGUGUGCCAAGCUGUUCAAACCAGCAAACUGCAGACAGUUAAUUACCGCUCUUGCUUUUCUGCCAGGGCAGGAAACCAAGCAAAGCUCACAUUAUCCUUGAAAACCAACAUGUGCUGGAUGACAGCCUAUAAUGCUGUGGAGAGUAUAUGACUUCACAGACACCAUGGUUCUGAGUGCAAAAUGGCCUCCAAGGAGGUGACUAUCAUUUUCAGAUGGGUUUGUGCCUUGCUACCCUCUCUUGCAGCUUUGGUGGAAGCCGUUCUUAGUUUCACUACUGGGCAUGAGAUGAGAGGCUAAGACUCUGGUUUUGUUGGGCUGUAAGAAGAUCUCUUUAUUCUGUGGCUCAUGUUGGCAUCAUCAACCGACAGAGUAGACCAUAGUCCAUAAAAGUCAAGGAAGUGGGGCAGCACCAGAAGUAGCAAAAUCAGGUCAAGAGAACAGUGUGCUUUAAUCUCCUACCAAACUGUCUCUGCUUUCCUGCCUCUCAUUUCCAGACAUCUUCCUUACCUUCUCCUGUGGAUGCCAUGUCCACUAGUAACUGUCCUGGGAAGAUCCCCCCACCCCCACCCCCACCACUCUAUUCCUUGGACCCAUUGAGCUUUCUGACUUAUUCCUGAAUUUCUGUUAAUUCUCGGAGUCUUGUGAUCAACCUUGUAAACUCAUGAUCCCACAAAGUCUCCUCAUUUGGAUGUGAAUAUGUGUGAGGAGACAACUCUGCCAGAGUGUGUACUCAACAGAAAUGUGUACAUAUCAUCAGAAGAAACGCACUAGAGUGUCCAGAGAAGUACUGCUUACAGUAACCAUAGCCAGAAGGAGCCCCUUACGCCCAGGCUGAAGGAAUAAACAGAUGAGGGUAAUUUGUGCAGUGGAUUCUCAGCUCUGUCCACAGCUUGGUGUGAAUCUUGCUGGCUUGAGGGACGGAGAGCAGGCAAGUCCAAGCUACAGUUCCAUUUCCAUACAGCACAGGCCUGGCAGGUCAAUGCAAGCGGAUUGAAGGAGGGACAGUAGCUAUUCUCAAAGGGGCCACAGAGAGGGGACACAAAAGGCUUCUGGAAUGUUCUGUCUCUGGAUCUAGCUGUAGGUCAUCCUGAUGUGUUUAGUUUGUGUAAGUUCUCCAACUGUCCAUUUUUGGGUGCUUUUCUGUAUGUGUGUAAUACUUCAAUAAAACAUCGGGCUUUGUGAUUACCAACU